UUUCACAGAAACCCAACAUCGAUGAACGGCGCAGCAGGAAAGGGGCGCACGGGCACGGCGAAGGAGCGAAGUGUCUUUGUUGGCAACAUUCCGUACGAUGUCACAGAAGAAACACUGAAGAAUAUCUUUUCUGCCGUCGGCCCCGUCGUGAACUUCCGGUUGGUGACGGACAGAGAUACUGGCAAACCCAAGGGGUAUGGUUUCUGCGAAUAUGGGGAUGGUGCCACCGCGUUGAGCGCCAUGCGCAAUCUCAAUGGCACCGAAGUGAACGGCCGGAACCUGCGCGUGGACUUUGCCGAUGGUGGCGAAACCCAAAAAUCCGACAGAGGAGAUAGAACGGCAGGAGUCAGUGGAGAAGCUCUCAUCAAGAGCAUUGAGAGCGCUGUCGCGUCCCAGAGUCGCAUUGCGCUGUACGACAUGCUCACAGCAUUCCAAGCGUUUGCGCGAUCCUCCCCCGAUGCGACCAAGAACCUCCUUGGGGCCAAUCCUGUACUCGUGCAUGGUCUGAUUGAAUGUUUCAAGAAGCUCAACAUUUCGAUGACGGCGCUGCCUCCCAUGCUAAAGACGCCAGCACCUCAACAAUACUCGAGCAGCAAUAGCCUCCAGCGAGGGGGGCCUUCGCGCCAAGGAGGCGUAUUACCUCCGCCACCUUCCGGUGGAAUCCUUGGCUAUGCCCCUCCUCCGAUGCAGCAACACAUGCCACCACCGAUCUCCGGUCACAAUAACAUGAUGAUGGCGCCAUCGAGCUCCCCCCUGAAUGCGACUGCCCCUCCGCCGAUGAGUCGUGUGGUCUCACGAGACCCUCGAGCCCAGCGACGAGACCCCCGACUGGCGGCGAAGCGCGAACCUGGUCCCAACGCGAUGGACCCGAAGCGGUUCAAGCACGAACCUGUGGACAGCGCGGCCGCGGACAUGGCUCGCGGCAUGACCGCGGACAAACUGGCGCUUCUGCCCCCGAACGAACGGCAGAUGCUGAUCGCAUUCAUGCAGCAAAACAACAUUCCGUACUCGUCGUAGGCGCCGAGUGAACACGAAAGAAUGCCCACACUUGGAUGAUUUAUUCGAC